AUGGAGGACAAGCGCAACAUCCAGAUCAUUGAGUGGGAGCACCUGGACAAGAAGAAAUUCUACGUCUUUGGCGUCUGCAUGACCAUGAUGAUCCGGGUCAGUGUGUACCCCUUCACACUUAUCCGGACGCGGCUGCAGGUCCAGAAGGGAAAGAGCCUCUACAAUGGGACCUUUGACGCUUUUGUCAAGAUCCUGCGGGCAGAAGGGGCGGCUGGGCUCUACCGGGGUUUCUUGGUCAACACCUUCACCCUGAUCUCAGGCCAGUGCUACGUGACGACGUACGAGCUCACUCGCAAGUACUUCUCUCAGUACACCAGCAGUAACGCAGUCAAGUCUCUGUUGGCUGGUGGCUCAGCCUCCCUCGUGGCCCAGAGCAUCACAGUGCCCAUCGAUGUGAUCUCCCAGCAUUUGAUGAUGCAACGGAAAGGCGAGACCAUGGGCCGGUUCAGAGUGCAGACCCACGAGGGGAAACGGUUCCCGGUCUUCGGACAGACGCGGGACAUCAUCGCACAGAUCUUCAAGGCCGACGGGCUGAGGGGGUUCUACAGGGGCUAUGUGGCCUCCCUACUCACUUACAUUCCCAACAGCGCUGUCUGGUGGCCAUUCUACCAUUUCUAUGCAGGUGAGAAACCAGAGCAGCUUUUGGACCUCCCUUCUGUUCGUUUCUCUGGCAGGUGAUCGGAACUCACCCUCUGCCUUUGCAAGCACUAUGCAGGCUUGGGACCAGAGGAACUGCAGGAACUGCUCCCAUACAAACCCUAGUUCAAAUGUUAAGAAAGCCAAUCUGGCCCCUGCUCCCAGCUGCCUCCUACCUUCUGAGAUGGCGUUGGUGGUGGUGACUGAAACCAGAACUUUUUAGGAACCUUUUAGGAACCAGAACCCAAUUUAGUUCUGAGAUUGUGGAACUCCCUUCCCAGAUGUGUUUGGCAAGCAUCUCAUUUGCUCUUUUACGACUGAAAGCAUAUAUUGUCAACUCAAACCAUCAUUCAUUUGUUAUUACGGCGUUAUUAUCUGCUCUUCAGCUAAAGUUUCCAGAGCAGGUUACAGCAAUUAAAGCACAACAUUAAUAUUAAAACACAAUAUUGCGCAAUGUUAAAAACAGCUUUAAACAACUUUAAAAUUACAACAAUAAGUUGCUAAGAAGACACAUCCUGGGUCGCAACCCCUAUGUUACUUGCUGAACUCUUUUAUUGGUGGGGGGUGGGGUUGCAUGAAUUUAAAUUGCUUUUACAAGUAAGACCUGCAACAAAAUGUUGCAGUAAGAGGCAUUGUCCCAUACAAGGCUCCUUCCAAUUUCAAACAAGAGCCUUGUUGAGGCCUCUUGCAGAGGAGUUUCAGGAAGUGGGAAAGGGUCACAGCCUCUGCUGUGUUGUAUAACUCUAGAGGGAUUAGGUGAAGGGCUGGCUGCCAGCACCAAACCUGAGUAUUUAAUUGCUAUAUAGGCUUGUCUGAGGUGAAAAAGAAAAUAUGCCCUUUUAACCUUUUCUCUUAACUUUCCCUGCAUACUGCAGGGAAGGGAGUUAUGCCCCCCAACCCUAUUCCUCCCCUUCUCCAAAGGUACAAGCUGUUGUAGAGAUGAGUCAGCCAACUACCUCUCUCCCACUGCCCUCCAUCAUUCUCCUUUUCCUUUUUCAGUUGAUACACUUAACAUUUCUGUGUCUCAACCAUAAUUUAAUUUAUAGACAACCAGUCGUGUCUGAUGUCUGGUUCCUUUGUGUGCACAGACACAAUCCAUUUUCCCCCUCCUCGGGGGUAGAAGUGAGAGCUGCCUAUGGAAAAUAAUGGAGAAAUCCAGGCAGCAGUAUAUCCCACUCCAUCUCCGAAGGUAGCAGUAAAGGAAAGAGAUCUUUUAUUUGGCAUUCUCUGUCUGGAUCUGGAACUUCCAAAUUCACAGUGGGGUGAGUUAGUAUUACUUAUCCCUAUAGGCUCAAUUGUUGUCAACAUUCCAUACCUUCUAGAGGCUUACAGGCCUUUGUGAACCUGUUUACUGGGCUUUAAAUGUUUUUUUAAAAAAAUAAUUUGAGCCACCUUGGGAACCGGUUGGUGUAAAGGCUGUAUAUAAUUCCCCCCCACACACACCCAAUAAUUGGUUUUGAGCUUUUGUUGGAAAAGCCUAUCUGUUGAAUGCAUGUGCACAUCUGAAAGAUGAAUGCCAAGGAAAGCUCAAGACUAUUAGCUCAUUUUGCUACAAAAGGCUAUUGCAGCUAAGGGUAUGUAUACAAAAAGCCAAGUGGCCAUGUUGCUCCUUUAGGGGAAAAACCUGUGGUAUGAGUAAGAAGACUCCUUGAUUAGCAUAAGCCCCAGAAUUGCAAUGUAUUCUGCAACCUUUCAGGCUUUAUGGAAUUCUUCUCCAAACCAAGUACUGGGUAUAACCCCCUUUCCCUGAAACAACAAAGAAGUGGGUGGUAGAGAAAAUACAUUGCUGGGUAUGAUGGUAGCUCCCGUUUGCUAGUUGUGACAGUCUUGAGAUGGAAAGGAAGCAGCAUUUUGCAGAUUUAAUUAGGUUAGACUGUGCCUGGGGCCCACAAGUCCCGUACUGCAGCAAGACAUCCUGUGAUAAAUAAACAAUGGCUGCUCUUUGUUGACUAAAAGGCGGGGGGGGGGGGGAGAGAACAUGAAAGUUUGCAUGUUACUCUGGGAUUACCAUUUUAAAAACUGGCCUUAAUAAUGAUACUGUCUCACUAGGAAAAAACAAAAAACAUUUGAUACAAGUUCAUAUAAAACAGCCAGCCACUAAAGGGUUCUGUCUUUCCUUUUUAUUUAAAUGCUUUGCCUGGUGCAGUUGGAAAACAUUUGGCAAAGCACCAGUAAUCUAAAACAGAAAAAUGUCACUUCGCACCAUCCCUGCCGGAUCUGAGUUUUCCAUCCAGCCCAGCCUUUUCCCCCUAACAGCAGCUACCAAACAGGUGCUUCCAGUUAGGACCAGAAGGCAGCAGCCCUCCCCUGUGCUCUGCCUUCACCACCAGCACAGUGAGGUAGAUUGCCCCUGACUGUGGAAGCACAAAUGGCACCCCUAUAUGUUGGUAUACAUAACCUGGCUCUCACUCCUCUUUCCAGAACAGCUUUCUAGCCUGACACCCAAGGACUGUCCACACUUGCUCCUCCAAGCCAUAUCUGGGCCAAUGGCUGCUGCGACAGCUUCCACUCUCACCAACCCCAUGGAUGUCAUCCGGGCUCGCGUGCAGGUAAGAGCAUCCUACGGCCGAAUAAAGCAUCAUUUUAAAUGAUUACCUUGGCAGGGGCUCACGUUAGACUAGGCAUUCCUUGGUGGCCUCUCCUGUGCUUGAACUAGAUGACCUUCAAAUUACUUUCCAGCUUUGUGAUCCUGUCCAUGUAUUCAGGUCUCGUAUUUUACAGGUAAAUUUCACCAUUUUGAGUCCUGCUCAGAAAUGGAAGGAUGCUGAGGCACUGGUGAAGUUUGGUUCUGUUAGCUGGUCCCAGUCAGCUGCUUCUAGUGUCUGCGUUUUGGACUAACUGUAGCUUCUAGUCAGAACCUUCAAGGGCAGACCCUCAAAUAAUGCAAUGUGGUAGUUCAGCCUAGAGUUUUCCAGAGUACGGGUUGCUCUUGGCAGCCUAUUUCUACUGAGGUGGUGGUUGCGGGUAGUGCAGCAGCCUUAACUCAUGAAAGGUGCUCUGCGGCUGCUUGGGUCUUUUGUGGCAAAGCUGGAUUCAAGACUGCCUCCAGAAGGUAUGUUUGAAUGUUUAGGGCAGCCUUUCCCAACCUGGUGCCCUCCAGAUAUUUUGGACUACAACUCCAAGUCAGCCAGGUUGGGCAUUUAAUUCUGCCAGAGUACUGAAGCUCAGCUGAUUCAUACUGUACUUCCAAAGCAUUCAGAGUGCAUCAGUCAUGUAGUGUGAGGUAGAAAAGCACCUGAUCUGGGGAGAGCAGUGGAAAGUCAUCUCUGCUGCACCACUGCAUUUCUGAUUAAUCCUGAGUGCCUCUGAAAGGCAGCAUCAGGGUCUGCUUCAGUCAGGCUGCCCUCCCACUGCCACCAUAGGGCCAUCUUUACUUUUCAUGUAAGUUGUUUAAGUAUUUUAGAAUUGUAAACGUCCCUGGGUGCCCACGCAGAAAGGCAGUAUAUAACACAACAGAUAGGCAAACAUGACGUUGGAGGUUGGCCCAGGCUCUUGUAGGUGACAGGGCAGUAUCUUGGCAACUGCACAUCUAGGCCAGCCACACUUUGUGGGCCCCAGGCCAGGCAGUUGAAAGCUUUAUAGCUGAGGAUUCUGAAGUAGCCAUGUGUUAUCUUGGCUACUUGUGCGUGAAAGGCAGUCUUGCUUUAAAAUAUGUAAAUAAAAUAGAAAUACAAUCAAAACAUUGAAAAGAGAAUGAAUUUGGCACAAUUCCAUCGUUUCUGUAACUUACAGUAAUGGCCCGAAUAUAAGCUACACCUUUUUUUCCAAAUUCUGACCGUGAAAAGUUAAAGUGCGGCUUAUAUUUGUGAUCUUACCAAAAUUGGCUGAAACAGACAUACAGUGAACCCUGCCCUUAACUCUUUCAACUCCUGCUGGAGCCCUGGCGAGCAAAGUGCUGCCACUUCGCGCUUCCCACUGUUCAUCCCCGCUGUCGGGGGGGGGGUUGCCCACCCAGUGCUGGGAGCAGUGUGCAGUGGGACGGCGAGUGCCGGUGGGGGCUGCCACGCUGCCGCCAUGCGAUCCCCCUCUGCCUGCCUUGCCGCUCGCCACUCCGGACAUAGGGUGGGCACCCCCUGGCUCCAUUAACAGUGGCAGGGCAGGCAGAGGGGGAUUGCACGGCAGCACUGCCAUGGCAGCCCCUACCGGCACUCGCCGUCCCACCCUGCCUGAUGUAGUGUGAGGAGAGCUGCGUGCCCCACUCAGAAUGUCUCUUGCCCAUCUGGCCACUGCCACUGUUUCUUUUUCUUUCCAAUUUUAUAUUGAAUUUUAAAGGUGCAGCUUAUUUGCAGGUGUGGCUUAUAUUUGGGCCAAUACGGUAUCUGGAUCUUGGGCUUUUCUUAGUAUUGAAUAUGGUUGUUUUGAUGGGUGGGGUGGGUCGUAGAAGCAUAGAACUGUAGAGCUUAAUGGGACCCCAAAGGUCAUCUAGUCCUACUCCCUGAAGUGCAAGAAUCUCAGCUAAAUGAUACAUGACAGGUGGCCACUCAAUUUCUGCUUAAAAACCACCAAGGAAGGAGAGUCCACUCUUGGGAGUAUUUUCCACUGUCAAAGAGCUCGUGACAUCAAAAAGCUCUUAAAAAAAAAAAAAAUAUUGUUAAAAUAAUUCAACAUUAAUACACAUAUACUACAAAUAUACAAACAUACAUACAUACAACAUACCUACAACAUACCUACACUCAAUCCCACAGAUAAUUCCUUUUCCCAUCACCAUCCACCACCCCUCACCCCACCUUUGUGUUAGAUUUCCAAUCUACUCAAUUGCAGUUUCUUUCCACUUUUAUUACUUUCUUUCACACACCUUUAACCUAAUUUCAUACUUCUUUUUCUAUUACACAUUGUUAUCCAUCUUAUUUAGUAUUCCAGUAUUUGAAACGAAACUUAUUUUUUCUAAUAGGAGUUCUGAUUUUUUGAUAUAGUUUUGCAAGUAUCUUUUAAACACCUUCCAGUCCCUGUCUGUCUUCUCUUUUGAGAUCCUUCCAAUUUCUCCCAUUGUUUUGGAUAUAUUGUAGUACUCCAAUAAUUUUGGCAAGCCACUCUGUUUUUGUUGGUACAAUACCACUUUUCCAAUUUUUCGCAAUCAACAGCCUUGCGGCUACUGUUGCGUAUAAAUAUAAGGCCUUGUCUUCUUCCUUUAGGCUUCCUGGUACUAUUCCCAAUAGAAAACCUUCUGGUGUUUUCCUAAAUGAAUAUCUGAACAUUUUUUUCAUUUCGUUAUAUACUGUUUCCCAAAAUUGUUUAUGUUUAAACAAUUCCGCCAUAUAUGUAUCAUAGUACCUUUUCCAGUGUUGCAUCACCAGCAGACAUCAGAAAGCUCUUAACUGAUGUUUAGUUGGAAUCUCCUUUUUUGUAACUUGAAUCCUUUGGUUCAAUUCCUAGCUUCUGGAGCAGAAGGAAACAAGCUUGCUUGGUUUGUCCAGUUUUUUAUCCUGUGUUGUUUCCAUGUGAACCUCUGACUUUGUGGCUGUUCUUUUCUCCCGCUCAGGUGGAAGGCAAGAGCUCCAUUGUUCUCACUUUCAAGCAGCUGGUAGCAGAGGAAGGGCCCUGGGGCCUGAUGAAAGGCCUCUCGGCCCGCAUCAUCUCCGCCACCCCUUCCACCAUUGUCAUCGUGGUGGGCUACGAGACUCUGAAGAAACUGAGCCUCCGUCCAGAGUUGGUGGACUCGAGGCACUGGUAG